UCUUUUCCAAAAUAACCAACAGUUUCGCCUUUGGGACUGGCGGGCCAUUUCCUAUCGCCUUGUUUGUAGUCGGGCCCCACGCUCCCGAGAGGCAUACCGUUACAGGCUUUCACCCCAAGAUGAGGGUCAGGGUUAGAAUCUUUCCUGCGGAGUGAGGUAGUUUACGGUACCAGCACAUUAACGUGCCCCACCAUCCCUCCGUCAAAGUUGUGGGAAAACCCACAGAUUUGCAAUGUAUCCUGUGUUGCUCGUCAGCAAUUUUGAUCCUUCCAAAGCAGCUUUGAAAGUGUGUUUUGCUAGUCGUCGGCAAUUUUAUUAGCAUGGCCUUGGCGUCGGCAAGUUUUGCAGUGUAUAGCUUCCACUUGCAGUUUGUGGACAUUAGCCCUUCUGAGGUUGGGGGAAAGAAGAUAAAAUACCAGGCUGUUUCUUACCAUCAUCAAUAACUCUCUGUAGAAGCUGAAAUCCAUCACCAUCCUUCAAAAUGCAAUGGAAUGUACCACGGACUAUGUCUCGGCUGACACUCAGGACAUUCUUGGAACCACUGAAAGCCAAGCUCUCUGAUCACCACGGGAGCAUAAAAGGACCCUUACCUUGGCAUAGAGAUGAAUACAGACUAGUUUGGACACCACACCUUCGAAAGCAGUGGUUACAUUUACCUGCUGUGCAGUGCCUUGCAAAGCGAAGGAAUCUAUUAAAUGCUCAGCCACCUCAGCAGGGAGUCCUUCACCAGGAACGACGGGAGCCGGAUAUUUUAGCCAAGAGAGUUUUAUCUUCCAGUGCCACAUCCCAAGAAACUCCAUCAGAAAAGAAGGAAGAGCCAGAUCCUUUACAAGACAAGUCUAUUAGUCUUUAUCAACGGUUUAAGAAAACCUUCAGACAAUAUGGAAAAGUCUUAAUUCCUGUGCAUCUAAUAACUUCUGGUAUUUGGUUUGGAACAUUUUACUAUGCAGCUAUAAAAGGAGUGAAUGUCAUCCCUUUCCUAGAGGUCAUUGGAUUACCUGACAGUGUAGUAGACAUCCUGAAAAACUCCCAGAGUGGAAACGCCCUGACAGCAUAUGCCAUGUUUAAGAUUGCAACACCUGCCCGCUAUACUGUGACCUUGGGAGGAACGUCCUUUACCGUGAAGUAUCUGCGAAGUCAGGGGUACAUGUCAACCCCACCACCUGUCAAGGAGUAUCUACAGGACAGAAUGGAGGAGACUAAGGAGCUCAUCACUGAGAAAAUGGAGGAGACAAAGGAUAGACUCACUGAAAAAUUACAAGAAACCAAAGAAAAAGUCUCUUUUAAGAAAAAAGUGGAAUAAGAGUGCCUUAUGUAAGAUGUUACAGAAACCCCCACACUUUAACCCUGAGAGACUGGGGGCAAAGAACAUGUUCGGAAUGUCCUUCUUUCUUUUUUUUGGUUGCUUGCCUAAAUGUGUAUAUCCUCUGAGGGUUAAAGAACAAAGAGAUUUUUUGUUUUUAAGUUAAAUAACAGUGGAGGGGAAAAAAAUCAAUGUUUUUCAAAAUGAAAUGAACCCAGCAUACAAAUUUUAUAUAUGAGUUGCAGUAAUAAGCAAUAGCUAAUGCCCUCAAAGUUAGAGUUCCUGUUCCAUAGCCUCAGAAUCCAAUCUGCUUCACGGACUCUGACAUUGCAGUGUGUGUACUGGUCAGUCCACUGGUCACUCCACUUAGUGUGAAGGCCACUAAGUGCCCAGUUUUGUGGGGAUGAACACCAUUCAGACUCUGGGUAAGAGACUGGAGAAGUUACCUACAAGUUAACAUGUAGCCCUUAGUUCAAAAAGGUUGUAUAAAUCCAGUCUUACAUUUAUUAGUAAGAUAUGUUGGUUAUGUGAUGAAAUGGACCCUGUAAAAUGGUUUUUAACUGGAGCUUGUCAAAAUCACAUUUUUAAAGCAAAUUCUUUUUCAGACUUAACUAUGCAUGGUGGUUGGACACUUGGACUGUCAGACUUUCUUGUAACUCACUUCUGUCUUCUCCAGCCAAUCUUUGGAAGAAAAUGAAAGUUUUAUAUAAACUUUAUUAUUGAAAUAACAUACAUCAGCAACUCAAGUUCACUCUUCUUAACUCCAUCAAGCUUUGAAAGACCACCGCUGAUUGGGUAGGAACAAGUCGGUAGCUGCGCAUGCUUGAGAAUGGAGGCUCAUGGUGGGUCCGUGGAGAGCAGGUGAGCAGUGCACCAAGGAGGCUCAUCUCAGAUCGCUCCACUACGUCAGCCCUGUGGGAUUUGGGUCCUUAUAACCCUGGUCAAAACAAAAGAGGUCUGUCUGUCAUAGGUUCCAUUAGCAUUGUGGUUAGUGUUUGUCAUAUUGGAAGGAAGAAUUCCUGCUUAAAUAGUCUGCUUGACUGUUUCUUGCUUGUAAUGAAUCGGGCUGUCAGGCAAAUCCCAUGUCUGCAGAAUGUCUUUCUGUGUGUGGGUGCACUCUGAGCUUUCCUUUAGGUCUAUUUAACCCUUGGGUUGACAUUGGCGCAAGAAAUGGCCUCUUUAUAGGGCAUUGGUUUUGACUUGCCAUCAGAAGAAUGUCAAAGACCUUGCCACAUAGCUAUCCCAUUCAGCCCCUGCUUUGUGACAGAAUUUAUGUCAAAUGCUUAAUUUGGCCAAAUUUAGAGAAUAAGGAGAUAACCUCACAUUUGAGAUAUCUAGUCAUUUUAUUGAAACACUAAGUAAAAAUACUAUGGUUGGAGAAUUACAGAGCAAUUUGUCAUAGGUCUCUGUUCUUUAUGUGUUGGCAGCAUGAUUAAUCUGAGGCAGAGUUCAGUGCACUGCUACAAGUUGAUGGCACCCUCUCAUAUAAGCAGGACAACACACUUUAGCAUGUUUAUUGAACAGGAAGAUAGAAAAUGCUGAUGUAUUAACAUUCACCCCUCCCCCAAACGACCAAGAAUACCAUGCUAAAUGUGAUAAUAUAGAAGUUUUUCUCCUAAGACCUCUUACCAGUCUCAGUGCAUAGGGCAUAUCAUCUAGUAGAGGUAGUUUGAGAGCUCUUAAGACAUUGCUAAUAAUCAAGAGACUGCAACUUUUAUCCCGAGUAGAUAGAUAUCUUCUGCCUAGUCCAUUGGAGUCGCAUCACCCUCUAGUUCUAAGUCUGGGUUGUGUCUCGCCAAUUAUAGCAAAUAAGGAACUGUUUGUUACCUGCUUUUAAAUCCAAUGAAAAGGUCCCUAAAGAUUUGAGGUUAUAUUGUUACUAUUUGACAUCAGAGAUGUCAUAAAAUGCUGUUGUUAAUAUUAUCCUUAAAACAAACAACAACCAACUUGCAGGGGAUCCUGCAAUGUGUUGAUAGCAGACAACAGUACAUGUCAACUUAAAUUAUCAAAAUGUAUAAUAUAGAUUUGUAUAUGCUGAACUGCAUUUUAUUUACAGCAGAUCAUGGGCUUCUCUUAGCUGCAAGGGAAACAAGGAAGUUCCAUAUCUGGUGUGCACAUUUAUCCUUUUGAAAAAUACGUUGAUGUCACAGAUGAAGCUGUGACUGAGGUUUUUUUUUAAUAGACAGGAAACAUUUGCUUAGCAAAUUAGUAAGUUCAAAAGAAAAUGAAUUAGGUAAGAAGCUUGGUUUGUUAAAGAAUAAGAGUAAAACCUGCCUUUUAAAACAUCACAUCAUUAUUGAGAGCCUUUGUGCGAAAUGGGGUGCUGUUUGGAUUUCACCAAAGGGAAAAAUUUGUAUGUUGGGAAUAGCCUUCUCCCCACAGUGAAAUAAUAAAACUAAGACUUGAAAUAUUUCCAAGUUUUCCACUUAAAAUCUGCCCCCAUCUUCUCAUUCACAGAUGAAAGGGUGAAGGGCUUUAUGCUCGGGGUGAGCUAGGACUGGGAGGCUGUCUCGUUCCUAGGCCAAAGUUGUAGGGAUUUUAAGCAUCUUUAUAGUGUGGGCAGAAGAGCUGUUUGAAGACAAUGAAGCUGUAUUUUAGACACAUUGAGCUUCUUUUAAUGUCCUUUGCACUGGGUUCAUGUCUUUUAAGAUUUCAAAACUGCUUCAAAAUACAAGCUGAGCUAUUGUAGGUUGAUACACUAGCAAUGAGAUUGGCAGAAAGUGAAUUUUGCAAUUGAGGCAGGAAAAAUUAGUAAUAUUUCUGAGUUCUUUUUAAAUAGAGAAUUUUGAAUAUACACACAUUUUUUAAAAUUAUUAAAGGGCUUCUUAAAAGAGGUUGUUGUAGAAUUAGAGGAAUAAUUUUCUUAGUAGCUACAGUUCAUUUUCUGAAUAUUGUUUCAGAUUUCCAAAACUGAGUCUCCAUAAAGCCUAAAAUAAGGUAAUUUUAAAUGUUCCAAGUAAGUGCCCUUCUUGCAUGCCACUUACUUGUUAGCAUUAAGAGCUCACUGUUUAAUUGACUUUAGCAGGGACAUGAUGAAAGAAUCAUCCAGGCAUUGGCCCCAUGCCCGAUGAGCAUGUGUUGAGGGAUACGUGGGUCUCUGUAUUGAAAAUUUGCAGAAGAGGUGUCGGGAAGGCAGUGAGGAGAUUGUCACUCAUCCAUUCUUCAAAUAAUAACUGUGCUUGGUCUCCAUUGGCCCAUGUGUAUGUUAUUUACCAGUUUUGUAUUAAGUAGAGGUUCCAUGAGAGAAGGAAGAAGAAAGUCAUAUACCCAAAGGACAGCAAAGUCUGGACCUCGUCCUUCCUGAUGAUUGGAAUGGUCUAAGGACCACUCCUUUCCCAGAAUUUGACCUUUCCUGGCCCCCUUAAGGAAACUUUCUCUUAUGCUGAGUUAGGCUCGCUGGACUGAUUUUUCCCUCUGAGACUUCUAUGACCUUUGAUCAUUCUAACCAGUCAAAACAAGUCUGUGGUUGGCCUGUGUCUCCAGGAUUAAGCUUUGAAAAUUAAGGUCUAUUCUUCCCUAUCCAUCACUAAUAGUCACUAACAGUAGUUACAGAUCCUCAUUAUCCUGUGGCAAUUAUUUGGUUAUUUUGAUAAGAAUGAUCUUCUUAGUAGGAAGAAUGUUGUUAUUUUAGAGCCCUUGAGGGCAGAGUGGACUUGGUUUGUUGUGAGGAUUUGUUUGAAUGACCUUGUUGGGAAGUAGGUAUCAAGUGUAGAAUAUGGCUUCUUACCCAGUGAGCUAAGGGGAAGUACAUCAUGCUGUUUCCUCUGGGAAAUCAGUCCAGUGAACAAACCUUGGUGGUGAGAAGUAUGACUCCAUGCCAAAGUAUGCUUCCUGCUUCCUGAUUUUCCUGAAAGUGGAUUAGCUGGAAACUUUGCUUUCCCCCGUUUACCCACCUCCCUUUGUCCGACCUUUUCUGUCUUGAACUUUGACUAAUUUAAAUGUUAGCAGUCACUGACAUGAGAAGCAAGGACACGUACAAGGAGUGUGCUCAGUGCAAGUCUGCUCAACAGGUCUGUGAGCACAGUUUUGGUUCAGGGUGCACAGCAGCACAGCGUUCUUCCAGGGAUUUGAAGCUUCCAGCUGCAGUUGGCUGGACCCACCAAUUUUUAGAAACAACAUUGAAACCUAACUUCAUCCUUUUUGUUUUAAUAAGAUGAAAUACACAUAGUGUAAAAGGCGCUUUCUGCCAUAUUUUGACAAUUCCAUAAAGAUGCUCCACAAAACGGCAAUUCUGUAUCAUCCAUUUCUAAUUAAAUGUUAGCUCUUAAUCCUGGAUUUGAUUUUAGGAAGGGCAGCAAUGUUCAUACAUGAACAUAGUUUAGCUGUUGCCUUGUUUGCGCCUCUGAGUGUUAGACUGGAGAUUUUAUGACAAGCGUGUUUUUACUCAUUUAAGUCCAUACCUCCUCAGGAUUCUUACUGUGGUAUCCAGGUUGUCACUGUCGCUGUUUCUCUCAUCCAUGGGUGCUGGGUGUCCUUACCUGCUUGGUAUUUGGCCGUGGCAGUGUGGUUGGGCUCUGCUGCCCAAGACCUCAGGCAACAAGUACAUUAUUCUGUUUCCUUGGUGAGGCAAAGUCAGGUUAUGGGAGCUUGUGUACUCUGUAUUCUUCUGACCAGUAACAAACAGGUAUGCAUCGCUCCCAAAGUAAAAAAUACUGUCAAGUAUGUCCACAGAUCUAAUGCGGUAUUGUUGAGCAAGCUAUUCACUAAUUGCACUGUUUUGUUUUUAAGAUUGUUAGCUUUUACCUUUGUUUUUACCACUGAUAAUAAUUCAAACCCAAGGCUUAGAGAACUGUGGAAUUUAACACUGAUGAGUCAUGUUAGGACAUUGAAGCCAUGUUUUGGUUAAGAAAAAACCAAAGACCUGUGCUUCUGAAGUUCAGUCAGGCAUUACUCAUGUGGUCCCUUUCCCCUGUGGCAGGUACUUAAGUAUGCCAGGCCAUGCUCUUGGACUUAAAGGAAAUAAAAGUCAAGCCAGUUCAUCACAUUUGCCAGUAAUGUAUAGCCUGGCUCUUCUGCUGAUACCAUUCAGCUUUUGGCUGUUAACCUUGUAACGUGACUUCCUUUAGACUCUACUCUGGUCAUCCUCUUUUUAGAGUGAUCAGAAAGGGAGAUAGAAACUAUUUUGUGGCCUUAUCCCUUCGUUUUUCCCCUUUAGUUUUGGCUGGGCUGGGCUGGGCUGGGGUGGGGAAGCUAAAGGUCCAGUCUCAUUCUGUCCUCCAUUACCAUCUAGUGAAGUUGGCCUUAGCAAAGCAUUCAGGUUGCAAUUUUCACACAACUGAAUCCAUACUUGAAACUAGUUUCUCUUCUGGUCAUAUAAUAUCUUUUGCCUUUUCCUAAUUACCACAUUUAAAAGUAAUGAAGAAAAACCUCAAGUCUAGAUUUUAUAUAUUAAGUAUAAAUAGUAAUGUUAAAUAUUUCAUAUAUCAGGGACCACUUGGCCUCAAGAUUCUCAGAUUGUCUCCUUUUCCUUCCUCCCAUCCAUGUAUAGUAUUAGACAGUGCCAUACUUGAAAGCCGCUGAGACUAAUUUUUCCAUUUAAUUGUUGCCAGUUUCUAGAAGAUCUGAAGCCAUCAGAAACUUCUAUUUAUGGAAAAUUUUGGUGCAGUGGAGUUUAAGAUAUCCUUAGGAAAUGCAAGGUUUCACCAAAAUUGAGUGCUUGCCCUGAGUCCCUUGAAAAGGAAGGUUAAAGCUCACGAUUCAUUUGGCCAGAGGGAAGAUUUCCUAUGAAGUAGUCUCAGUACCAUAAAAUGAAAACAAAACUCCAGGUCCUUCCACACAGCUGUGCAGCAAAGCUUGUGUGUUCUUCACUGCCUUGGCAGAUGUGUGCCUUGUGUGCAGGGACAGCCUCCACAGGACCUGCAUGGAGAAGACAGUGUGUGGUUAAUGUGCCCAUAUCUUCAAGUGGACAGCAAGAACAAUAGGACCUCUUUGGCUAGCAGCUGCCACCUCAUGUGGACACUUGAGGGUGUGGUGGGCUGCUGUCUCUUCCUUAGCUCUGCUUGGCUGAAACAAUUGCACGUGCUCUAUAGAUACGAGUUUGGAACUACCUCCAGCCAGGGACAUUAAUUACCAGAGGUGAGCUCUCGAACUGUCUGAAGGCUGCUGGGCCCAAGGUCUGAGCUGCUCUUUACCAUAUGUAGCAAAUGUUUAAACAUUUUAAUUAGAAUCUGUGUAAGCCAAACAGAUCAAAACUGUAAAGUGAGGGAAAUCUAACCUGUUUUAAGUAGCAUGUUCACUCAGAAGGCCCAGGGUGAGCUGCUGUCUGAAAAGUCCUUGUUUUCUGCAUCAGGCCUUACCAGAAGCCUUCAAAGCUUGUUAGGUCCUCAGCCAGGGGACCUGGGCGGAAGGUAGUCCCACGAGACACUCUUCCAUUGUAAACUGGAGUCCCAGCCUCAUGCUCUUCAAGGGUUCAACCUUCCUGCUGUUGCUUAGCAAUGCCUCUUGAUGUCCUCCUGCUUCUCCUGAAGCAACUCUUGAGAACCUGGGCUGGACUUUGAGAGGAACUCAAAUCUGCUAGUACUGAGGUGGUCAGUACCAGUGGCAGAGGGGCAGGAGAGCCUGGCACCUCUCUUCCUUUGCUCACACUGCUUGCUGUUAGGUUUGGGAGCUCUGGGGACAGCCUCUACUGAGCUGCUGAACUGGGAAUUCUCUGAGAGCACAGUGUGGUCUGCUAGUGACUAAGAAUAAGAGUCCCCUCAUCAAAAAAAACUUCACUCUGAAUCUGAAGUGGACUAGAAUUUGGGCCCACGCAAUUAUUCCAGUAAGACUUUGAAAUUGUUUCUAUUUGUUUAUUGCAAAUUUACAGAAAUGGAAAAAAUAAAUCUAUUAUCAUGCUAAAUUCACUUAUCCUCACUGUUUGGUAGGUUAUGUGGUGUUUAUGCAUACAUGUGUCAUCUAGAAUCUAUAUACACUUACUUGGCACAGAUAAAAUGCGCUCCUCUCUAUGCAGGUCAUAUAACAGCUGAAGGUCUCCAAUGUCAGGGAUUAAGUAUUUGUUGUCAGACCUACUUAGCUUGCUGUGUGACUGGCUUUGUGUGACCGCCAUCCAAAGCCCCUGUGGGGUUAGAAGUUCUCAGGAACCAAUUCUGAAUGUCCCAUGUUAGAACUCAGAAUUGAGAAUUCUGUGAUGUCAUCUACUCAGGUUUAUAGAACCCUAGGAAAUCCUUUUAAAAAGUCAGCCACCAACCAGUGAGCUCGGGAUUUAAAAUGUCACUGCCAAGCUUGGCAGUUUAACUGCAUUCUGGGAACUUACCUGAUGACAGAGAGCACUGACUCGAACAGGUGGUCCUCACCACACACCAGCUGUGGCACAUGCGUACAUGUGUGUGUGCGCACACAAAUGGUUUUCUUGAGUCAAUAACUAGAGAAUGAGCAGCAGUAUCCUUUGGGCUGGGGUAUAGCCCAAAGAAGAACUUUUUCCUGGGUCCCAUCUCCAACUCCACAAAAAAGAAAGUAUUUUUCUGAGACUGAUCAUACAUCAGUUGUCUAUUUGUAUGUCGUAGCUGAAAGGUAAACAAACAAAAUCCCAGGGAACAGGUAUUUGUCACUUAUUAUUUUUAAUGAGUUUGUGCUAUGAUUUGAUCAUGGCAUUAGGAACAAGCAGAAACCUGAUUUCAUCGCUAACAAACAGCACUUGUGCAACGUCUUUCAUCAAAAGUAUUGCAGUUAGAGACCUGAGGUCUAGACUGUAUCCCCACCUGAGCAAAAGAUGCAGGCGGAUGACAGUUGCGAACCAUUUCCCUUAUAUAACCAGGAGUUAGUUAAAGAGUAAGCGCAUGGUUGUUUAAACACAAAAGGACUUUGACUUCUGAUUAUCAUAGCUCACAAAGAUCGGAAGAUGCAAAUACAGUUGCACUUUUUUAGAUUACUUUAUAAUAAAAAUUAAGUGAACUAAGUGUUGUGGAUAGUGUAUAUAUUUUAAAACAACUUUAAACUCAACAAGGAUAUUAAUUGGAAUUGAGAUUUUUGAAAGGCAAGUGCAUCUGAUAGAAGCAGCAUCAUUGAAAGGGAUCCCCAGCCAGGGCCGGGUCUGCAGAACCGAGUUGGUCAUGCAUCUUACUACUGAGUCUAGAACAUUCCCAUGUUCAGUAGUGCUCAUUUUCUGACAGUAAUGGAGCCUUGGAUCUUGACCCCAGGGAUCCUGAGGGUGAACCCUGCAGUAGACAGAGACACUGACUUGGACUUGAAUGGGACUUAGGACGGAUCUAUUGACAUUUUUACCCAGCUCUUGCAGGGAGCUGUUAAAAAGGACCGAAUUGGCACUAAGAGUUGCACAUUCAGAAUAAGUAGUAAUAGCUUAGAGCAUUUUUUUUUUCCCUGAUUGGGGAUAAUUCUGUCUCUGACUUUCAAAGUCAGAGCUCAUACCACAGAAAAAAUAAAAAGCCCGGAAUUCCCCAGACAUCAUUAGUGAGACACUGGAUUAGACUGGACGGCAGCAUUCCACGAUCACUGUUAACACUUCAUACCCAUGCUGGCUUUAAUGGACACCAAGGCUUUUUUGCUUGAGAGGGGAUGGGGAGGGUGGGGGGAGACAAAGGAAGAAACUUAAAAAUGCCAAAGCCACAGUUGGAUGCUAAAGACUAAACUGGAGCUGGAAGAGAGAAGUGUGACUUUACGUGCAGUCUAACAUGUAACCUAACUGAGGGAUCAGGACUACAGAAUACAAUAGGAAUGCACUUACAAGUCUGUCUGUUCUCAGCUGAUUGACAACCCAAAACAUUUCCCCUACCCUAAUCAUCUUUCCUGAUGGGUCUGUUUUCUGAGGCACUCUCUCCCUACAAAUUCCAGACAGUCCAUUGGCUUCAUUGCUUCCAUUUACAAGACAAGGCACAGAGAAACAUGGGACACAAAGGGUCACAAGUGCUCUGAGGCUAAAUUGCCUCCGCUGCAGGUUACUCGUUUUUUGACACCAUGUGUGUCUUCUUCAAAGGUUUGCACAUCCCAGUGAGGCCUGGCAGCUGGUACUGCAGUGAGAGAGAAGGCCUGCACAGAGAGCAAGCGGAAAUACAGCUUUCCCCCUGACUAAAAGAACCAAACUGGUCCAUUUCUAAAGGGAUUAAAAACAUCUUAGAGACUACUGAAGUUUCAGAGCAGAGGUACAACUCAUUUCCCAUGUAUGUGCUGGUCAUAAACUGCUGCCUGCUGUCCAGACUCCAUCCCGUGGUGUUAAUAUAUUUCAUAGGAAAAUAAACUACAUAGACUUUAUGUAAUCAUUUGCAAGUGUCCUUACAAAAGAUGGAGUACAUAGGCAUUCUUAAGUAUUAUGCCAUUUCUGGUAAAACUGGUAUCUAUACAAUAUAUUACAGUAUUGGUUUCUUGUUCUACCCAUUGGGUAGAGUAUUUGCAUAUGUUCAACGUAUAUACAGCACCUUACAAAUGAAAGCAAACAGUUGAAGCACCAUUUCAAGAGAGGCACAGCAAAGGUGAGCAUUGCACACUGGGGCUGGGGUCCUACAUCUGAUAGCAGAACACAAGGCACCUCAGCUGCUUCCAGAUGGACGUACAGAGCUAGGGCCCCAGAGGGUGUGUGCAGCUGCAUCACUGUCCAGCCUAACCUUGUCAUGUUACACUGUCUCCAGCCCACCUAGGGACCAAGAUGGGUAUGGGAAGAAGUUCCUUGCUCAGCAAUAUGUCCCUGUGCUCUGAUACUAACCUUGUGCUACAUCCAGCUGGCAGAGCCAGCUAUCAAAUGACAUCUUUAUUCCUAAAACCUAUGACUAUGGGAGACUGAGAAUGCUAUCGUGAUUUGUCCACAUCUCCAAGGACUCUGAACAGCUCCUGGCAGCCACACAACAGGGUUUGUUGGAAUCAGUACAAUCUAAGGAAACCAUGAAGCUGCACGGGAUUUUAGGGUGCAAGCAAGUCUGGAUGGGUGACUGGCAUGGGAGAAAAACAAAACGGUAACAGAAAGCAAGUAUUCUUUGUUCUGCUCAUCCUGACUGGUGAGAUUUUUCAGAGGUAUAGAGUUGCCAUUCUGAGCAAACUCUACAAGCACAUCCACAGCACUGUGUCUCCAAAGCCCAACUGGAAUCCAGGAAUGGCCACGCUCUGUCUCCAGCAGUGUCGGCAGGACCUAGAGAGGCCACAUGGACUUCCUCGGUAAGAUGCUUGAGGGCAUCUAAAAGGCUUACUCUAGGAGUCUUUCUAGAAAGGAGCAGUUGGAUAAGAGAUGUAAAACCACCUGGGAAAAAGGCAGGUAGAUGAAUAGAUUCUUCUAGAUCAAGGCAGCUUUCUGAACGUACUUCCUUUUGAUCCCAAUGAAGAUGAAGAGCAAAUGGAACUACCUUAGAAUUUCAAAAUAUUAAUAAUACUCUUUUUGUACCCAAUUCCCAUGUCUGUGUGAAGAGGCAUCUAUCCCAGUUUGGCUCCUCAUCCUUGGCUCUUGAGUUGGAGCUAAAAAUUACUAAGGAAAAGUGUAAUUCUCACAGUGCACCUGUAAGCUUUGGUCACUGCCAUGCUGUGAUCUCUCGUGGGCUAGGUGUGUGUCUGGUGGAGAAGGCAUCGGAGAGGGCAGUAAACAAUUGGAUGAGUCGGCUUCACAAUCUCUUAAAUAUUGUUUCAAUGUUUAUAGAGUUUCUGAAAAAGCAAAUGCAGGCUAAAAGAAUGAAUUCCAGUAGAUGGGUUUGUAGGUCUUGUGUUUCAUAUCCCUGGAAAUCCACGAGCCAACAGAUAAGGCAGAGCAGUGUGCCCAGGACUGCUCCUUCUAACCAUGCAAACAAUUUCCUUCAGUGCCUCAUGGGAAUAAUCAUUAUAACCUAUUGUCAAUUGCCUAAACUCACUGCUUUCUAAACUGAACCCUUGGGUUCUCUGCUUUUUGAAAGACAACAGCCCCCACUCUGAGCUGUGUCUUCACAGUUGUUACUUUGUCCUUACCUUGGAGCCAGGAGACAGCAUGGCAUGAGCUGUAAACCAGAAGGCUACUGUCUAAAAUCUCCCUGGGCUGAGAGAAAUGUCCUCGUUCAUUUUUAUGGCCUUAGCUUUGACUUUUAAACUAAUUCCUUAAAGAGGCCCAGCCUCAAAGACUUCAAAGUCACAGGUGGUGUGUGUGUGUGUGUGUGUGUGUGUGUGUGCACUAAAAAGGCAGUCCUCUAGGGUACCCAGUGUUUCGUCAGCAUCUGUUGGCAUCUACAAAAUCUCCAUAUGCUUGCCAAGCUCCAGAGGAAUUUACAAGUCUCUGAUCUUAGCUCUUUCUCACGGUUGGCAGAAAAGUAAGACUAAAUAAGGAUUGAGAAGCUAUUUGGAGCUGAAACCAAAGGGUGGGAUUGCCAGCUUCACCAAAACUACAGUUAGGAUUUGGAAUGGCAGAGCCAUAACCUCACCUUCCCCUGGCUGUCAUCCAUGCCAAGUCCUCUACCAGUGAGAUCCCAGCAAGGACACCUACUUUUUCCUCUGCCAUCGAAUCUCAGGGCCCCAUCCAAGCACAGUCUGAAGGCACCGGUCACCAGGAGCCAGAAACUUCAAACAAAUGGAAAAGGUCAUCUUUGGCCCAGUUAACCUGUAGCCUGAGAGGCCACUGAAUGUCACCAGACAAGACAGAAAAGCAACUCCAGAGUCCCAGAGACCUUCAUGUGUACAUCCUUCCAAGCAGUGUUCAAGCAUGAACUGACAACUGUUGCCUAUCUGUUCUCUCUCCUUUUGACUGUGAGUAUUCCUUUGGAUGCUACUGUGUGAAAUGGGUAAAUCCCACAGAGAUUACAAGUCUCAGACCAACCCAGGGGCCUACCUACCGAGAUCAGCAGAAAUGAGCCGCCUGGGGUCAGACAGGACUGGGGGCCUCAAACAAUCUCUAGUUCUCAGGUAAGAGUAGCAUUACUUCCCAUAGUCACCUCUGAAAAUAAUAACAGGCACACAUACAGUCACACACACUUAUUUGGUGUCAACCUGCCUCUGCAUCUGCAUUCCUGUUCCAUGCAGAGGUCUGACCACCGGAAAGCCUGCCACUGCAUAUGAGCCCACCGUGGUGCCGUUACAGGGACAGCUCUUACAUCUGCAGAAGAAAGUCGCUGGGGUCCUUCAUUGUGCACAAGAAUGUUUAGAAAUAUUAGAAACAGUAAACUGACUUCA